AUGGGAUAAAUUUUGGAAUAAUGUUGCAAAAAGGGGGAAAAGAAUCAAGAGAAAUCAAGUGUUGCUCUGUCAAUUUAGAGUUAGGAGGAGCCGAUUGAAAUAACAGAAGAAUUAAUUCAAAAAUUGAAAUAACAAUUAGAUGAUGUUAAAAAGAAAUUGGGAGAUUUCGAGGUUUAAAAUACAUUCAAUAUAACACAAAAUGAUGUUUGGCCCAUUAAGUUAUUAGGAAGGGGCUCAUUUGGAAAAGUAUAUUUAGUCAAAAUUAAGGAUAAGUUAUAUGCUAUGAAACAGAUAAAGAAAAAGUUGAUUUUAAAGAAAUAACAAUUAGAGAAUUUGCUUUAUGAAAGAUUCAUAUUGUAGAAAUAUGAUCAUCCUUUUAUAAUAAAAAUGUAUUUUGUUUUUUAAGAGCCUUUAUUUAUCAAUAUGGUUAUGGAAUUCGUAUAGGGAGGAGAAUUAUUUUAUCAUUUGAACAAAAGAAAAAAGUUUGAUUAAAAAACGACUGCAUUUUAUGCAUCUUAAUUAGUUUUGGCCCUUGAAUUUUUACAUGAAACAGUUAGAGUUGCAUAUAGAGAUCUAAAACCUGAAAAUGUUCUACUGUGUAGAGAUGGUUACAUAAAAUUGGCAGAUAUGGGACUUGCAAAAGAUAAUAGUGAAUUGAAUUAUUCAUUUUGUGGUACUGCAGAAUAUUUGGCUCCUGAGAUGAUUGAGGAGAAGGGACAUAAUGCAUCAGUUGACUUUUGGACUCUAGGUUGCAUUAUUUUUGAAAUGCUUUUCGGUCAUCCUCCAUUCCAAGAUGAAAAUAAGAAAAAUUUAUAUAUUAAGAUUCAAACAGGUGAGUUUAAAUUUCCACCAACAGCAAGCUCAUCAGCCUAAUCACUUAUUAAAGGAUUAUUGCAAUACCAUCCAGAAGAACGAUUAAGUUUUAAAUAGAUUAAAUAGCAUGAAUUUUUUUAGGAUAUAGAUUUUGAUUUAAUAUAUUAAAAGAAACUGAAGCCCCCCUUUGAACCAUUAUUGACAACUGAAAAGGAUACAAGAAAUUUCGAUUAUGUCUUGGAGAGUUAGAUGAAAUAAUCUGAAAUACCUAAUAUUCCUUAGGCUUAAGAAUUAUUUUAGGAUUUUCCUUUUUUAGUAAAACAGUAAAUAUAGUUAUGA